AUGUCAACACCGCCUACCCUUCCCAAUACACUCAACAACUAUUCACUUCAAAUAGUCCUGGAAUCCUUGACACCAGCAUCGUUUGCUUCUUUCGGAAGCGCCAUCUCACCCCCAUUUGUCUCAAAUUUAAAUACACCACCCUCCACCGUCCCAACCACUCGCCAUGCACCACAACAGCCCGCCGCGGUAUUCGCCAACCAACAAUCAGCACUGAAAACAUCUCCUAUCUCGGUGUUCGAAAACAACUACCCAAAUGCGCCGACUGCGGUGGCCAAGCCGCAGAUGAGCAUGUUCUCGUGUUUCCCACGAAAUCUGAGCGUGAUCGGCAUCGAGAAGGAAGCUGGAUCUCUUGAAGCCAAGGCCAAAUUCAAAGUCAACAUCCUCGAACGCCACCCUUACACGACCCAGACGUUCUCUCCGCUUGGUCUUCCCGCAAAUGCCGAGGAUGGAAGUCGAGCGAAGACGUUCUUCCUCGUGAUCGUCGCGCCUUCUCUGCAUGGUACCACCACGACUGCUUCAGGAUCUACCCAAAUCACAAAUCCACCAGAUCUGAAUCGACUCCGCGGAUUCAUUGCUCGAGGCGACCAGGCCGUUACAUACGGCGCGGGGACCUGGCAUGCGCCAAUGGUCGUACUGGGCGAACGCCGAGUGGAUUUCUUGGUCACGCAAUUCGUGAAUGGCAUCGCGGACGAUGAUUGCCAGGAAGUGCUCCUGGGAGAGAACAAUCACGUCUAUGUCGCUUUGGAUGGUUUGGGCUUGAAUUUCAAUUCGAGCACGAGAGAAGAUCUGAGAUCGAGACAUACAGACUCGAAGUUAUGA